AUGAAGUACGUCGUUGUAUCUGGAGGUGUUAUCUCUGGUAUUGGUAAGGGAGUGUUAGCUUCAUCUACUGGGUUACUCUUCAAAACCCUUGGAUUAAGAGUCACCUCAAUUAAAAUUGACCCUUAUAUGAACAUCGAUGCUGGGACCAUGUCACCUUUAGAACAUGGAGAAUGUUUUGUAUUAAACGAUGGAGGUGAAGUUGAUUUGGAUUUGGGUAACUACGAAAGAUACUUGAACAUCACCUUAACCAGAAACCAUAACAUCACCACAGGUAAAAUUUAUUCUCAUGUGAUUCAAAAGGAACGGAACGGUGAUUAUUUGGGUAAGACUGUUCAAGUGGUUCCUCAUAUCACCAAUGCUAUUCAAGAUUGGAUUGAGAGAGUAGCCAAGAUUCCAGUUGAUGAUACUGGAUUAGAACCGGAAGUUUGCAUAAUUGAAUUGGGUGGUACUGUUGGAGAUAUUGAAUCGGCACCAUUUGUUGAAGCGUUAAGACAAUUUCAAUUUAGAGUUGGUCAAGAUAACUUUGCCUUGAUUCAUGUUUCUUUAGUUCCAGUUAUCCAUGGUGAACAAAAGACUAAACCUACUCAAGCUGCUAUUAAGGAUUUAAGAUCUUUAGGGUUAACACCAGAUAUGAUUGCUUGUAGAUGUCAAGAAGAAUUAGAAGUUGCUACCAUUGAAAAAAUCGGGAUGUUUUGUCAUGUUGGACCAGAACAAGUCAUUGCAGUUCAUGAUGUCAAUUCCACUUAUCAUGUGCCACUUUUAUUGAAAGAGCAAAGAAUGAUGAAAUAUUUAACUAAGAAAUUGAACAUCACAACCCCAGCUGCCGAGGAAGACGUUGCUAAGGGUGAAGCUUUAUUAAGUAAAUGGAAACAAUUGACAUCAGCUCAUGAUAGAUCUUUUGAAACCGUUACUAUUGCUUUGGUUGGGAAAUAUACUCAUUUGAAGGAUUCUUAUUUAUCCGUGAUCAAGGCCUUGGAACAUUCAUCUAUGAGAGUUCAUAGAAGAUUGAAGAUUGACUGGGUUGAAUCUUCAGAUUUGGAAGAAGAAACAAAGGAAUCCAAUUUGGCCAAUUAUCAUAAAGCAUGGCAUCAUGUUUGUCAAGCAGACGGAAUUUUAGUUCCUGGAGGAUUUGGUUCAAGAGGUAUUGAAGGAAUGGUAGCAGCUGCCAAAUUUGCUAGAGAGAAUGAUGUUCCAUAUUUGGGAGUUUGUUUAGGAUUACAAAUUGCAGUUAUUGAAUUCGUUAGAGAUAUUCUUGGAGUGAAGGAUUCCACAUCAAUGGAAUUUGAUCCUAAAGCCAACGAAGAAACUGCUUCUGUGGUUUACAUGCCUGAUGUUGAUCAAGUGAAAUUGGGUGGCACUAUGAGAUUAGGUAUUCAUCUGACUAAAUUUGUUGAAGAUUCCCAAUGGUCUAAAUUAAGAAAGUUAUACGGGGGAAGUGAAUCUGUUUUAGAAAGACACAGGCACAGAUAUGAAGUGAACCCCAAAUUGAUUUCUCAAAUUGAAUCAAAGGGUUUGAAAUUCAUUGGUAAGGAUGAAACAGAAACCAGAAUGGAAAUCAUUGAAUUGAAAGAUCACAAGUUUUUUGUUGGUACUCAAUAUCAUCCAGAAUAUUUAUCCAAGGUCUUGGAUCCUUCUAAGCCUUUCUUAGGGUUAGUGGCUGCUGCUUCAGGAGUAUUGGAACAUAUUAGCGAAGCCGAAGACUUGAAUUCCAAGGGAGAGUUCUAA